AUGGCGACUCACCAUUGGACCUCAAGUUUACCGAUCGUGGCACUAUCCACUGUGUCGAUUUCGUGCCGCUCAAUCAACAGCGAGGUGUUCCCUCAGCCAGUAUGGGUCGCGAUCGUUGAUCAGAACGGUCGCACCAUUAUUGACUGUUGGGUUAAGCCAUACAAUUGCCGCGUUGUGAACGAUUAUGAAACUCUAACAGAACGAACAGGGAUUGACCCGUAUCACUUUUUAUCCCCGUCAGCCUGGACACUGGAGGAUAUACAACCUUUGAUUGUAAUGGCAGUGACAAACAAAAGGAUCGUGGGUCACCAGCUUUGGAGAGACUUUAACGUCCUUGGCCUCAAGCAUGCGAAAGAAGCGACGCGAGAUGUGGCUCUGUAUCAGCCGUUCCGAGAUAAAAUCAACAAUGUCUCUCAGGCUAACCAUAUGCUGGGACUUCCAAUGCUUUAUCACCGGAUAUGUGGGGGACAUUGCCAAUUUCCGGUGGUGAGGCCUCUCGAGAAUGCUCUAGUUGCACUUCAGCUCUAUCGGUCUGUUGAUGCAGAGUGGGAGAGUGCUAUGAGUCCGUACGGUGAUCAACCUUGCGGGGACCUUCCAAUGCAAGAUAGAGGCAAGUUUAAUCACGUGUAUAAUUAG